GUCAAACAUCAUGUUUGACAUUGUAUGGGUUUAGUCUGUGAUAGUGUCAAAUAUUUUAUUACUUGUUUAUUGUAGUUCAUAAGGAGAAUUGCAAAUCCAGUAAAUAACCAGCAGUGUGUAUAACAGUAUUUACAUUCAAAGUAUUUUAUCACCAAAUCUUUUUACGAGGCUAUCACUGUAUUUACGCGAAACAGGUUACAGCGAAGUAACUGGUCAAAAUGAUGCCUGGAAGGAUUGGAAACUUACCAAUAGCUAACGAAAACCCUUUAGGUCUCUCGUGGCACGAUUCUGCCUGGAUCCCGUUACUGAGCCCAUCCAAUAUAAUGGACUAUUUCUCUGAAAGAUCCAAUCCAUUUUUUGAUCGUACUUGUAAUAAUGAGAUUGUUAAAAUGCAGCGUCUAAGUAUGGAUCAACUACAGAACAUGACAGGGCUAGAAUACAUAUUGCUGCAUGUACAAGACCCCAUUUUGUAUGUAAUACGUAAACAGCACAGACACAGCCCCACACAAGCUAUUCCUCUGGCUGAUUAUUAUAUCAUAGCUGGCAUUGUGUAUCAAGCACCUGAUUUGGCCAGUGUUUUAAACUCAAGAUUGCUAUCUGCAGUCCACCAUCUCCAGUGUUCAUUUGAAGAAACAAUGUCCUACUCAAGGUAUCAUCCUAGUAAGGGAUACUGGUGGGAUUUCAAAGCCACUAAACCAGGUCUAAGUCCUUUCAACAGUAACCAGACCUCAUCUAAAGAUGUGAGCAGCACCCCCAAAGAGGAGCCCUCGACAUUGUUCCAGCGACAGAGGGUGGACAUGUUGCUAGGGGAGUUGGUGAGGCAGUUUCCUCUGCCUAUCACUCAAGCUCCCAGUCAGGCUAAUGGAGUUACAGUGAAAACUGAGAAUUCAAAUGACAAGGGUAAUGAUAAAGCUGUUGAUGGGAAUGUAAACAACAUCACAAUAAAACAGGAGCCCGUUGAUCCUAGCAGUGCAGACAUGACCAAUGGCAGCUUACAAGGGCAUGUUGAGAUCAAGACUGAAAUCAAACAGGAGAACAUGAAGCCACCACCAGAGAAAAAACCAAGAUUAUAAAUAAAUUCUUAAAUAUUAUUUAUUAAUUAACAUAGUAUAAGUAAAUACAAUAGGGUUUUUUUUUAUAAUCUUCUUAGGUGAUCACUGUUCUUCUCCUUUUGAAUAUUGUACAAAUUGCCUAUGUUUUCUUGAGAGUUUACACCAUUUAAACAAAUCUGGCAAUUAAUUUUACAUUGGUCUUGAGGCUGCUGCUGAGGAAUAUCUCCAGGCUGAAAUCUGAAAUAAGAAAUGAUGUAGAUAUAUUUAUGUAUAAAAACUUAAAUAUGAGAAUAAAUGAAUAAAUUUUCACCUUGCAA